GACUAAUAGCCUUGAGUGUGGCAAACAUUUGAAUGAUGUAAUGUUAUUAUUGAAUAUGAUUGUCCUUGUGGUUGCAGUAACUGUAGGAGCAUUUAGUGCUUCGCUGAUUAAUGGGGAUUAUAGUAGCGAUGUUUGUUAUUCUCAGCAAAAAACUUUUGAGCCGAUCAUUAAAGGUGGAAAAGCUUUGGAAGUAUUUUACUUCGUAAACGAUACCAAAGAAACGAUACAGUUGACGUGGGCAGGUGAAAAUAGUGGAGUCUUAAUUCUGGUGACAAUGACUGAGGGUGAAUCUGGUCCAGGUUUGACUUCUGAUAUCUACCGUAGUGAUAACAACGGCAAAACGUUCACCAAAAUAACUAGAGAGUUGGGUGAAAAUAUCUAUAUACGCCGAGAGAAUGGCUUGCAGCGCCACCAGAAUCAGAGGGAUUCGAAAGAGCUAUUUGUGAUAUGUUAUGACGUAGAAAACAUGAGCAAAUCUAUGAUAUUUGUUACAGAGGAUGGAGGUUCGACCUGGGAAAGGUCUAGUGUACCAUUUGUCUUAAGUGGUCAGUUGCGUUUUUAUCCCCGUGAAAGACUUUCGCCAUGGGUCUUAACUUUGGAAGAAAAAACCUCUAUUCUGUAUCUUUCCUUGGACAACGGAAAAACAUGGAGAGGCAUUCACGAGAAUGUCGUAGAUUACUUUUGGUCUAUUUAUGAGUCGGAUCCAGGCGAGACCAUAUACAUACUCUAUCAAACACCGCUGAGUAAAAAUAGAAGUGAGAAGCACGUACUAGCCAAGUCUUCCGAUUUGGGAUUAACCUGGUCUGAGCUUCUCAGGGAUGUAAUCCGGGUAUGGGCACCUCGUGGAAUUAAAGUUGAUAUUCCAAAGCCGCACGACAAGAGCAUUAUCUCAUUUGAGCCAGAAACAGUCGGAGAUUAUGAAACAAUUAAACUGGGGCACUUUCUUUAUGCUUCACACUACUCAAACCCUGGAAACAGAACAUUGCAGUUAAGUGUAUCAACUGAUGGGGGGAAGACAUUUAAUAAGGCCCACUUGCCAACAAUACAAUCAGAGCGGUUUUACUCAGUAUUGGAAGUUGAAGAUGAUUCAGCUUUUGUUCAUGUAGAUGCGCCUAAUGAUACUGGUUACGGAGCGUUAUUUAUAUCAGAUAUUACUGGCACGGUAUUCAGUGAAUCUCUUAGACACCAUUUAUAUCCGAAUCAUGCACCUGUUACAGACUUCUAUCGUGUUGCAUCAAUGCGUGGCACAUAUUUAGCUACACGUUUAAAUCCAGAUCGUACGCUAUACACAGUCAUCACACAUGACCGAGGCGCCAGUUGGCAUGCUUUAGGUACUCCCUUAAAUGUGCAAGACACUUGUCAAACUAAACCUACCACAACACCGAUGACAACAACAGCGACCACAACAAUGAAAUCAUCGGACACGGGAAACGUUGACUCGUCCAUGACAUCUUUCAGAAUGAAAAACAACAGGACUAUUGGAACACAAAGUGAUGGUAACUCUCAUGCUAACGGUGAUGUUGUUAAUAAAGGCAACCUAGCAAACGCUGAUAAUAAUUUGUUAAAUCCUUCAUCGCAUCUUUUGAAAGAUGCCUCCGUAACAAAAGAGAAAAAUACUACUCCAAGUGAGAUCUGGAGACCCGAUCCAAAUAUGGGUGAUUCUGUGGUUACAGAUCCCUCUGCAGUGAAGACUUGUGGUUUACAAAUCAGUAAUCAAUUCAGCAUUAAAAAUCGUGUCAUCGCUUCACCGCCAUUGUCAAUAGCAGCAGCACCAGGAUUGAUAUUAGCUCAUGGACAUGUGGCUACACACUUAAAAAAUACACCCGCUGAUGUAUUCGUCAGUUCAGAUGGCGGUUACACAUGGCUUAAAGCUCUCGAUGGACCGCAUCAUUAUCAAAUAGCUAAUCGGGGAGGCCUAAUUGUAGCUGUUCCUGCUGAAACUUUAUGGCCUGAUGUACUACGUUUUAGUACUGAUGAGGGAAGAUGUUGGCAUACUAUCCCACUGCGCACUGGUCAAUGGGGCAUCAGUGAAUCAAGCAGAUAUCACAUCAAUAGUGAUAAUGAUGACAGUAUUAAGGGAAAAAUUCAAAAUCAUAAUGAUGACAGUGUUGACGAUGAUGACGAUACAGGAGAUAAAGUAAAAGUAGCUAACGUGGAAGUAACAGAUCUUCCACUUUCAGAAGCUCAUCAGAUUCUUCUUGACAGCAACACUACAUCUAGUAAGAUGGAAUUUCUUGCUAAAACCACCAGUUCUAAUGAUCCUGCUUAUUCUAUUCCUACCACUGUUAAUAACAACAAAAACAUUACUACUCCUUCAAGCACUAAACCAGUAACAAAUCGUAAUCAGUUAUACGAAAGUCAUAACCAGCAAAAUGAUGAUGACGAUAAAUGGUCUACAUCAACACAAAAAACUGACGAAAUUGUUGUGUUCACCGGGUUAGUCACUGAACCUGGUGGUAGAGCCAUGGCUGCUGCUGUUUAUGGUUACGGUACAGCAACACAGAGGUGGAGAGUCGCUGUUGUUGACUUUCGGUCGAAUGGAAUGAUUACACGCAAAUGCACUGACGACGAUUACGAGAUCUGGAUACCACACUCAAAUGAAAAAGAUGAAAAAGACGGCUGUCUCCUUGGAGUUCGAGAACAGUUCAGACGGCUUAAAAAGGAUUCUCUUUGUGUAAAUGAAUAUGGAGUGGAAACUCGUAUACAAGUGGAAUUUUGUCCAUGUACUCAAGCUGAUUAUGAAUGUGAAUAUGGUUUUUAUCGACAACCUGGAUCAUUGCACUGCAUAAGAAAUCCAUAUAUUCCAACAUUAGAUCCUUGCACAUUGCCAAAGAAACAACGUCAAACAAUUCAUCGUUUAGGCUAUCGUCUAAUACCAGGUGAUCGUUGUGUAGGAGGUUGGCAACCUCCAAUAUGGAAUCAAACAAUUUUAGGUCUACUAAGGGCUUGUCCUCAUGAAGUUGAUGAUGAGUCCUCUUCGCAUAAUUCAACUGCAUCAAUUAUUUCAGUUGUCCUAAUUUUAUUCGGUCUAAUUUUACUGCUUGUUUUAUGGAUUCGAUCAAACCAUAGAAGCGCACAAAUAGUCAGACACUCAAAUUAUCGAUUCACUACAUCAGUAAGUCAGAUGAAGACCACAACUACCAACACUUUGCGUCGUUGGUUUGUACCAAUUAUUCCACGCAAAAGAUAUAACUUUGGAGGAAUUAGCAGUGGAAAUGACGAUACUGAUGGUAGUCAUAGGCUAACAUCAGGUUAUGGGGAUAGUCAAACUAUUCUGUGGCCGCCACUAUCCAGUAGUUCAAUGAUAAAUCCUAUUAAUUGUCAUGAUGAUAAUGAACAAAAUGUCAAUAUGAAUCCGUAUGGAACAAGAUGUAUACAACCAAAAUAUUUUAAUAAGCAGCAGAAGAAUAAACAAAACAAUACUAAUCAUAUGAAUAUUGAUAGUAAAGCAGUUCUUACUAAGAAGACGAUAAAUUCUGCUUUAAUGCCAACUUUAAAAGGAGGUAUAUAUCAACAUUGUUAUCGUCAUAAUAAUUCAGAUGUGACUAAUCUACUGGAAGCAGAAGAAAUUCCUGCAUCAAUGUCAUCAGUCAAUGAUUUAAAUACUGAAUCUGAAAUAAAUGAGUCAAAUCAAUCAUUUACUGAUCCAUUAGCCUCUUUUACUCAUAAAAGUCAUUCAAAAAAUUUAUCUAAUGGAUUAAUCAAUAUGUAUAACAAUUCGGUGGAGACAUAGUGGCUGCAGAUAAUUCUAAUGCUGAAUUAAAUCAGACUGAUAUCCCAGACAAUACAGUGUCCCCUACUUCAAGUCAAUAAAUAAUAAAAUAAAUGAAUACUCUCAUCGUCAUUAUAGGAUGACAAGAAUUAUGAGAAACAAAAUAAAAAAACUUAAAGAAAAUUCUCAUGUUUUGUUUUCUUCCUUUCUUCUUUCUUUCUGUUUCACUUUCGUCUACUUUUCAUUUUUUAUGUAACUUUAUUACUAUUAUUUUUUCUCUUUUGUGUUAUUACUUGAUGAUCAUAAUGAUAAUCGCAUCUUGAAUGAUUCCUUACUUAAUGUACUCAAAUAUAUAUAUAUAUAUAUACAUAUGUACGAGUAAUGAAUAGCUAUUGGUUCAUUUUUUGACAAUUAAAUUCAAACAAGUGGUUUUCUCAAACCCCUUAAAAGAAAGAGUUCUUUUUUUUACAUUUCAAUAGGUGAAGAAACAGAUUCUCGUUUAGCUGGUUAUGUUACUUCACUUUUGUUUUUGUCUCCGUGAUUUUUAAUAUACAAGUGGAGCUUUGGAAACAGUUUCAGCUGUAAAACAGGAAACAGCACAAUAUGAUUAUGACACACACUGGAGCACACAAAACCUGGAAACGAGGCAAAAAUGUCCUAUUAUCACAACAAAAUAUUCAGAUUUAAGUAUAGCGAAAAAAUUCAUUCAGACAUAUAUAAAACACAAAAUAAUUGACCAAAGAAUAUCCCUUUCGAUAAUUUCAUCUUCUGACUCUACAAUUAUAUAUAUGCUUAUAUACGUAGAAUAUUCCAAAAUAGAAGUCAAUAAA